AUGAGCGCGCGAUUCCCGGAAGGGAUGUCGAGGGCAGGCGUUCUUCUGGAGCAGAAGAACGAUGCAAUUGUGUCCUCGUAUGUGUGCUCUAUAGGGAAGACUGAAGAAGACGGUGCCCGCUUCGUGGGGGUCGGGGAUGUCAACCAGCUGACAACGGUUUAUGAAUCAGACUCGGCAUCGAAUUGA